AUGAAAAAUGCCCAACCCUGUGACACGCCCGCAAGUAGCGAUUCAAAGUCGAGACAGGAAACUGCCCAGGAGAAGGAAUAUCGCUACAGGGAAGCAGCUGGAAGUUUACUGUACCUGUCUACCAGAACCAGACCAAAUAUCGCACAAGCGGUCAAUCUAGUUAGCAGGAAGGUCGAAAACCCCACUAGAGAAGACGUCACAAAAGUCAAGAUAAUAUUCAAAUAUUUAUUGGGAACCAAAGAGAAAGGCAUUUUGUUCAAACGAAACAAACCGAUGGAGAACAUUGAUGCUUACAGCGAUUCAGAUUAUGCUGGAGACCCAUUGACGCGAAGAAGCACUUCUGGCUCCGUGCUAAUGAUAGCCGAUGGACCAAUAUCAUGGGCAUCCAAGAGGCAGCCUAUAGUAGCGCUAUCGUCGACUGAAGCCGAGUACAUAGCCGCAGCAAACUGUUGCAAAGAGGCAUUGUAUCUCAAAUCUCUAUUACAAGAAAUAACCGGUUUGGACAUAAAAUUAAUUUGCAUGUUGAUAAUCAAAGUUCGAUUCAACUUG